UCCAACGCCAAAAUAGAUGCGAAUCAACCACCCAUCACGCUGCAAGUCUAUAAAAGUAGGUUGGUGCACAGAAGUUUCGCUUAUAAUUAAUUCACUUUCUUCGCACCGUGUGUAUCUUCGACGUCAAUUUUCCUCCCGGAACGCCCAACUUGAACAGAGUUCAAGUUUAUUGCCAUUGUUCUCAAUGAAACACAGCGGAGCUAUAGCAUGCUGUUUGUUGAUUGCUAUCGUAGCAGUUAAUGCUUGGCCCAGCUAUAAGAGGGCAGAGGUUCGUGCUCAUGUUCGAAACUGUGUGAAGAAAACCGGAAUACCUGGCAAGAAUGCUCUGAAAGUGCUGAAGGGUAAUUUCAACGAUGAUAGCUCUGAAGUCAAGAAAUUUAUGAAGUGCAUGUUCCAAGAAGUUGGCUUCAUAAAUGAGAAAGAUGAAUUGCUGGAUAAUUUGUUGAUUGCAAAGAUAAAGGAAAAUUUAGAAGAAGACGAAGCUGAUGAGUUGAUCGAGAAGUGCUCCAUUGUUGGUGAUGACAUCAAUGAUACUGCAUUCCAGAUAUAUAAGUGCUAUUAUGAAAACCACGAUUUACCUCCAGAUAUGUUGGUGCGAUAAUAAAGAACAUAUAUGAA